AUGGCGUCCGCUUUGAGGGCUGAUAAGAGGCCGCCGCAGCCGGACGGGUUCAGUGGCGGCCCGGAGCCAGUGGGCGUCGGUGUGGCGUCUGUGAGCUCUGCGGAUGCGCCACCCGCACCUUUGCUAAUGGCUGCGGGUCAGCAGCCCCGAGGCAGCAAGCGCCACGAUGUCUCCCUGCUCGCCGUCAAGAAGGCGCUGUCGGCCACUGGUUACGAUGUGCCCCGCAUCAAUUCACGGGUGAAUCAAACGGUUCGGAACCUGGUGGCUGAUGGCAUGUUGGUGCAAACGGCUGGCACGGGGGCCUCGGGUUCUUUCAAGAUCAACCGGCAGCUCCAGGUAGUUAAAGGGGCGGCGGGUAAGUUCUUCCAGACCCGAAAACGUGGUGCGCCCACCUCGAAAGUUAAGGGUGCGGUGCGCAAGCCCUGGAGGAAGAACGCGCUUCGCAGAGUAAAGCUUAUGAACCAAGGCCGGCGCUCAUAA